GAGCGGAGCCUCUUUCCCCCCAAUCUCUACCCUUUCUUCUUCUUCUCCUUUCCCACUUCUCUCUCUCUAUCUAUCUCGUCCUCUGUUUCCUAUUUUUUCCAGUUAAAUAAGCGGAGAGAAAACACAAACAUAGAUAAGACAUUCUGAAAACCUAAUAUUUUUGAAUGAUGGUUUGGACCUUUGGGUCCUCCAUCUCCUUGUCUUUCACUUUCUCUUCUUUACCUUCUCCUCUUGCUUUUUCUUCGCAGUCCAAAACGACGAGAAACCCUUCUCUUUUUUCCCAAUGCAAACCCAUCAUCCUCUACGUAUAAUCCCACCUUGACUCUUCUGAACCCUCCGAUCUCUCGCAUAACCAUGUCCAGAGAGCCUUCCCCUUCACCGAUCCCCAACAACCGGUCUUCGUCGCCGGAAAAUAACACCCACAUGCCCAAUUCCCAAAAUGAUGCCCCGAUAGCCCAACAAGACGCCGCCGUCACCACUCCUACACCUCUUGUUAAUAGGAGUAACCGUCCGUCGCGCGCGUGCACCAUUCGCGCCGCGGCUCGGCUACAGGCCGCGGUGGCUCCCGCGCCAGCGAGUAAGCCGAAGAAGAAGGAGCAGCAGCGGCAGGAUGAGUCGCCGCAGCAGAAAGAACAAUGUACCAAGAUCAUCACGCCGUUGGUGGGACCGCCCCCGCCGUCUCAAUUGCCGCGUUGGACCAUCAGGUCGAUGUGGGAGUUUUCUUCCACACUUAAUUUCUUGCAUGUAUUUAGGCCCCUUCUGAAUAUCUCCGUGGAGUUCUCUGCCGAGGAGUUUGAGACAGCUUUGAUUACGCCGAAUGAUACUUUGAGUGACAUACAUAUACCUUUAUUGAAGGCGAUCCCUCCUGUUACGCGAAUGGCACUAACACGUGACACUUGGGUCACUGUUUUAUGUAGAAAAUUGAGAGACUGGUGGCAUUGGGUCGCAGAUGGGGAUCUACCGAUUAUUGCUUCUCAUGGAGUGGAGGUUGAAAUAUAUAAAACGCUUGAUCCUGGGGUUCGUGUGGUCAUCUUGAAAGCACUCUGUGACAUUCGUGUUGAGCAAGAAGAUAUCAGGAACUUUAUUGACAACUCCAUUAAGCACGGUGUUCAACUUUCGGCAUUUCGUAAAGAACGUGUGGGUGGUGAUUCACAGGGAAUUUCUUACUGGUAUGAAGAUGAUCCUAUGAUUGGUCAUCGUUUGUAUCGGGAGAUAAGGAAAGUUGAGGUGAAGAAAGCAAAGGCAAAGGGUUCCCAGGUUCUUCCAAGUACAUCUUACCAGUGGGAAACAGUGGCAACCAAUUUUGAUGAAUUUCAAGAUGUUUCUGAAAAGCUUUUCUCAAGUAAAAAUAGAACAGAAGCUUCUCUAGGUAAAAGGUUGAAGAUAGACAUGCUUCCUGAGAUUGAGAAGGAUCAUAAGAGGAAAGAGAGGUUGCUUAAAAAGCAACACAGACAAGCUCUCCUUCUUGAUAAUUUCUUGAGUGUUGAUGGGCUUGCUCCAGGACGCUCCCUUCGUGAUAGAAAACCUGUCACAUAUACCUUUGAUGAUUAUGACCGGUCCAUAAAUGAAGCUAUCAAGAUUACCAAAAGAAAACAGCCAUCCCCAGAACCUCUAAACAAAAGAGAAGAGGUUGUGAAACCUGAACCUUCUACAAAUGGUAAAUGGAGCGGCCCUUCACAUUCUUCUCAACAUGUCAAUUUUAGUGCGCCAUCUCCCACAUCACCAGAUUUUGAUGAUUCCCGGGAAGAGCAUAAAACAGACCCUUUGGAUCGAAGCAAUCGGCGGAGACAGAAACCUCAACGGUAUUUUGCAAAAGAUUUUGUUGGAGGAGUUUCAGAUAACGAAGCAGACUAUGACAGUGAUGACGAUAUAGUUGGGGAAGCUGUUUAUGAUGAAGAAUAUCUAAAGAAACGCAAAGAGAGGAGGAAGCUGUCAAGUAGUUCUGAAGGAGAUGAUGAGUAUCAUUGGGAUGAAGAAAAUGCUGAAGAGGAGGAAGAGGAAGAAGAUGAAGAAGAAGAUGAUGAUUCUGCAAGUAUCAGCGAGGAUAGUGAUGGGCCCCGAAAAUAUAGAAAAUUGCCAGGCCGUACUAGGAGGGAAACAAAACUAAGGUCAGUUGAUGAGCUCCAGUCCGGUCCAAGACGCAGUAACAGGGCUACUAGGAAUCGUAUUAAUUACCGACAGUAUGAGCUUUCAGAAUCAGAAACGGAGUCUACAAAGCCUGAGAAGUCAAACACAUCAGCUGUACACACCGAUGCAAGUGAGAAUGGGGAUUAUUCAAUGGAGAGUCAGGAUUCUGAUGCCAACGAUAAUGACCAGGAAAUGAAAGUUGAUCAGCCUGUCGAAGUUUAUACUGAGACGGUAGAGAAAGUGCAAAAGCCGCCACCUGAUAAAUCAAAUAGCCCCGGCCAAGAUGAAAAUGAGUGUGUACAGAAAAGGCGUUUUCUUGACCUAAAUGAGCUUGCUCCUGGUUCCGGUUUUGAGGAUGGUCCAAGCACGGUAGUAAAAGAUGAAGAUACAGAUGAGUUCUAAAGCUUCCCUCUGCUGGAAAGCAUGGGGGUUUGUUUCCUCCCAGGGAAGGUAUGUACGAUAGUCAAGUUUAUAAAUUUUGUGAUGUGCCCAUGGAGGAUUUCACCAUCAGAAUUCUUCCGUGGUGUAAUUUAAGCUGUGCUACCUUGGUGCAUGAUUUGCUGCAGGGAGCAAUGUGAUGCUGAGAGUUAUGUAGAAUAGGUAGUCAUUUUUUAGCAUUUCUACUACAUUCAAAGAAACCUACGACAGAUGAAUCAGGAAAUUGUUGGAAGUUCCAUAGUUCAUCAAAUCAAUGUACAAUAACCUUAUUAGCUAAAAUAUUGUAGCUGAAAAUUUGGCUAUUAGAUGUUCGAGCCUUGUAGUUUCUGUCUCGUGUUCAUUACAAUGAUCUGCCUCUGAGCAUUAUUUGGGUUGGUUGGGUCUGUUGGUAAAGCAAUCAGGUUAGAAACUGUAGUGUUUAUUGUAAUGGAACCAUCCUCCCUCGAAAGGUAACUAAUUUGUAUCUUUAUU